AUGCCCCGGCGCCCUCCACCAAACCCCCAAACCCAGGCGAACAGCCGCUCCGGCGCCAAGCCCGCGGAUGCGUCCGGCCCCGUGGCCGUCGCCGUCGGCUCGCGGGCGCACCUGGAGACGGCGGCGCUGGCGGAGCGCACGCGGCUGCGCAACUUCCUGAUGCACGGCUUCCACGCGCUGGUGACGUUUGUGGCCGGCCACCAGGUCAACGACACGCAGUGCGGCUUCAAGAUGUUCACGCGCCGCGCCGCGGCCGUGAUCUUCAGCAACCAGCGGCUGCAGCGCUGGUGCUUUGACGUCGAACUCAUCUACAUCGCGCAGCGGCUGGGGGUGCCCAUCUCAGAGGUCCAGGUCAAGUGGACCGAGAUGCCUGGCUCCAAAAUCCGGUUCACAUCCAUCUUGCACAUGGCCUGGGAGCUGGCAACACUCAAGCUGUGCUACCAGUGGCUGCGGCUGUGGCGGGUCUACGAGGAGACGGAC